GUAGUCUUUGGAGGUUUAUUUAGGUUGGGCCAGGUUGGGCAACACAAAAAUCAAAUGUCAAUGUCAAAUUAUUAAAAAAAGGAAAUAUUUCGCGGCGAAUUGUUCGUUAAAUAUAUUGCGAAUCUCUGAAUCUCGCGCAAAAUCAGCAUUGUUAGUGUUAAAAUAAUCAUGUGAUUUGUUUUCUUAUGGUAAAGCUGUUUGGUGUAAAUUCAACAUGUCGAGGGAUAUAAGGUCAUUUUUUUCACUGAAGAAGCCUGCAAAGCCUGCUGCUGUAGUUGAGGAUGAUGAUGAUGUUAUUCCAGAAUCUCCAGAUGUUCAAAUUAUUAAAAAUAAAAAAAAGGAUUCCAAAAAGAAGCGUGUUUUAAAUGAUUCAGAUGAAGAAAUCUUUACAACCAAGAAGAAGAAAACCACAGAUGAAGCGCAAACUUCCAGUAAGAAUAAAAACAAGUCUCCCAAGCCUGCGCUCAAGGAGGUCAAAGCUGUUGACAUAUUUGGUAGUGCUCCAAUCAAGAGAACAGAACCAUUAGUUAAGAAAAAGAAAAAAACUGAAUUAGGAAUCCAUUCUGAUGAUGAAUUUGAAAAAAGUCUCUUAGAGAUCGACAAUGCAGAGUUAGAGGGUAAAGCAAAUAAUGAAAAGGCUGAUGAUAAAUCUGAGAAAUCUACUAAAACAUCAAAUGCCUCAAAAGAUAGAACAGAAGAUUCAAAGAAAUCUACUGAAAAAUUUGAUGACAAAAAACAUAAGUCGAGUUCAAAUACAGAUUCUAAUAAAGACUUGAAAAAAACAGAUGAAAGUAAACCAUCAAAGAAAACUGAAGACACCAAAUCAUUAAAGAAAUCAGAAAGUACAGAACCAAAGCAAAAUAAUGAUAAAGAUCAUACAAAGGUAAAGAAAGAUCACAAAUCGCCAAAAAUAGAUAAGUUUAUUCAGUCUAACCUUAAUCAGUCAUCAAUUGAUUCUAAUGAAGGUGAAAAUACAAAAUCUAAGAUUGAUAAAAGCAAAAGGAAAUUCGCUGAGUUCCUAGAGACUGAUACUAGUCAAGAUCAUAGUAGUAAGAAGAAGAAAUUAAACGAGUCUAUGGAGGCCAAGUUAGAGGAGACGAAGGAGUAUGAUUGUGACUCUUCAGUAUUGGAUGAUGAGAAGGGGAGCCAUAAAAAAAAGAAAAUGAAUAAAAGUUUGAAUGAGUCUGUGCUAACAGAUGAAGAGCGACAUGAAAGGAGAAUACAUUCGGCAGCUCUGUACAAAAACUAUCUGAACAGAUCUGGACCCAAACACUUGGGAGCUAAGGAGAUCCCAGAGGGUAAACCAGAUUGCUUGAAGGACUGCGCCUUUUUAUUGACUGGAGUUCUGGACUCGUUUGAAAAAGACGAAAUAGCUGCUGCAAUUACUAAGUAUGGAGGCUGUGUCAAAAGUGGGGUGUCUAAAAAGGUAACUCAUGUGCUAGCCGGCGAAGACGCGGGCCCAGCAAAAAUGGCGAAAGCACAAGAACUAGGAAUUAAAAUCAUUAACGAGGAUGAGUUCCUAGCCAUGAUCACAGAACGGUCACAGGGCAAGCCUACCUCAAAACCAGAUAUUAAAAAAGAAAUCAAGAAAGAAAAGACUCCCAACAAAAAAGAUAAAUCUGACAAAGAUAGAAAAGAUAAUCAUGUUGACAGCAAAUCUAAGAAGAGUCCGACAGACAAAGUUAAAAUGGAACCAAAAUCAAAGGAUUCGAAUAAACUAGAUGUUAGUAAAUCAAAGAAUCGUGAAAAGUCUAAAAGUCCUAGAAAGAUAAAGGAAGAGAAAAUGGAACUAGAAUCAGAAACUAGAUCAAGUGCUAGUUCAUCUUCUUCUAGUCUUGUUAAUGGUAAUGUAAAAAGGGAAGCAGCUGCAAUACCAGCGAACAUGAGUAUGUGGGUAGAGAAAUACAAGCCACAGAAUAUCAAGCAAAUCAUCGGACAGCAUGGUGAUGCUAGCAAUGUUAAAAAACUAAUGAACUGGCUGACAAAGUGGUACGUGAACAGAAAGGCUAAGUUGCCCAAACCCAGUCCGUGGGCUAAGAACGACGAUGGAGGGUACUUCAAGGCGGCCCUACUUUCUGGACCUCCGGGUGUUGGUAAAACGACAACAGUAUCCCUGGUAUGCAAGGAGUUGGGUUUCGACAUGGUGGAGUUCAAUGCGUCCGACACGAGGAACAAGACGCUCAUCAAGGAACAGAUAGGGGAACUGCUCACUUCUACCUCAUUGUCUGCUUAUGCCAAAGGUGAUACAGGAAAGCAAGCGGUCACAAAGAAACACGUGCUGGUCAUGGAUGAGGUGGAUGGCAUGGCGGGCAAUGAAGACAGAGGUGGUCUCCAAGAACUAAUCGCUCUAAUAAAAUCCUCAUCAGUACCAAUAAUAUGUAUGUGCAACGACAGGAACAGCCAAAAAAUGAGGUCUCUAGUCAACUACUGCUAUGAUCUCAGGUUUAGCAAGCCUAGGGUCGACCAGAUAAAGUCAGCAAUGCUUUCAAUAUGCUUCAAAGAAGGCAUUAAGAUACCUCCAGACGUGUUAACCCAGCUGAUCGUGUCAGCCAAUCAGGAUGUCAGACAGACACUCAACUUGCUGUCCAUGUGGGCAGUAGACCCCAACCGUGAUGACGUCGACAGGCUCAGGAAAGACGCGCAAACUGUUAGGAAAGAUAUUAAACUGGGUCCAUGGGAGGCGAUCCGCAAGGUGUUCUCAGCAGAAGACCACAAGAAAAUGAGCAUUAACGACAAGAGCGAUCUGUUCUUCUACGAUUAUAGUCUAGCUCCUCUAUUUGUACAAGAGAAUUAUUUGCAAGUUGAGCCGCACUGCCCUAAGCAUGAAGUUCUCCAAAGGAUAAGCAAGGCAGCGGACAGUAUAAGCUUGGGCGAUCUGGUAGACGCUAGGAUACGCAGCAAACAAGCCUGGAGUCUACUGCCUACGCAGGCUAUGUUCAGCUCAGUGAUCCCAGGCCACGAAAUGUCAGGUCACCUGGCGGCACAGAUCCAGUUCCCGGGCUGGCUCGGCAAGAACUCCCGCGCCACCAAGCUGCGGCGCCUCUGUCAAGAGAUACACGCGCAUACACGACUCAGCACAUCAGGUUCAAAAUCGUCCAUCUUCCUAGACUACAGCACACAUCUCCGCGACGCUAUAGUAAACCCGUUGAUCAAAGACAAGGCUGACGGUAUCAGCCGGUCUCUAGAAGUGCUGGAGUCUUAUCAUCUGCUGAGGGAAGACCUGGACUCCUUGGUGGAGCUGUCUGUGUGGCCAGGACAGAGAAAUCCUACUAUUUUGGUGGACCCUAAGGUAAAAGCGGCAAUGACGCGUACAUACAACAAGAAAGCGACAGCUUUACCGUACGCGCCGGGCGCCGUCAAGAAGGGCAAAGCUAAAGCGGAUGAUGAGGAUAUAGGAGAUGAGGAACAGGAGGAAGAGGAUGAAGAGGACAGUGACCCUGAGAACGAUGCUCUUAUUAAGAAAAAGAAAAGCAAAGACACUGAAAAGCCGACCACAAGCAAGGCCUCAUCCAAGGCUCCAACAAGUAGAAAGAAAAAGGAGAAAUAGCAUCGGCGAUCCGUGAUGGCCUUCUUGUUCAGAUAGUGACUUGAGACCAUCGGACCUCUGUAGUGAGUAGUAUUUUGUUUUCAGUGAAGUGAAUAGUAGGUAUGUGAUUAGUGUGGUAUGUCAGACAGUAUUGGAAAAUCUACGGAAUAGAGCUGCACCAUUUAUUAACCGUUUCAUAAGAGCCUGCUAAGAACUGACCAAUUUGAACCGACUUCUCAAAAAGGAAGAACAAGGUUCUCAAUUCAUCUGAAUCGUUAUUUUUUUCAAUUUAAAGUUUGUGGCUGUCCAUAGACACUAUCUGUUUGCUAAGUCAAUAAGUGUUAAACUGAUUUUAAUCAUAGUUUUGAAUACGGGAGUUUUUACCCACGCACAGCUAGGGCGAAAACAUGUACAAUUAUUUCUCAACAAGCAACUGUUUUGUGGCCAUUUACUAUGCUGUCACAUACUGCACUAAUGAAAACGUGAAGUGAACACAUUGUAAGAAAUAAAUACAGUGAAUGGCAACAAAUAUCAAUGUGGAUUGCUAAAGUUGAGUAUUGGUACUAACUGAACUGCUUCUAGUGAGACUGGAAGCGGGCUACACGAGUGAUACAAGAUAAAGUGAUACUAGUUAUGAUAGUACAAGUGAACUAGAACGCUGACUUAUUUGUGCAGUGUUAUUGUACAAUAAAAUUAAAGUAACACCAUGUAUCUUUAAGGUGGUUUUAACAACAGGACACAGUUUUAAUUUGUUUUUCUUUUUUUAAUCGACUUCCCAAAAAGGAGGAGGUUUUCAAUUCGUCUGGAUCUUUUUUUUAUUUUUUAUGUAUGUUCACCGUUCAAAAAUAAAAA